UCCUCUCCCAAGGCGAAGGGGGAAAGUAAGCCACGCCCACUCAGCUUCCUUUUCCCCUUUCCCAGUCCCUUCGGCUUUUGCCCCGCCCCUCUGUCCAGCGGGCCGGAAGGAUGAGCUCCCGGAAGUUCCGGCGGGGCCAUCGCUGUGUGGGGUAAACAGUAAUGGCGGAGGCUGCGGUGGCUCCCGGUGGCGGCGGUGGCGGCACAGGGGGAGCAACAGCCACGGCAGCUGGAGCAGCGGCUGUCACGGCUUCCAGCACCUCCACCGCUGGGGCCUCCGCCAUCACCGCCACCACGGCCUCCAGCCUCUCCACCGCUGAACCUCAGCCACCGCCGGCCGGAGCCGGAGGGGGAAGCAGCGGCUGUUGGACUAAGCAAGUCGCCUGCAGGUAUUUCAUGCAUGGCGUUUGCAAGGAGGGGGACAACUGCCGUUACUCCCAUGAUCUCUACACUAGUCAGUCUGCCAUGGUGUGCAGGUAUUUUCAGCGAGGAUGCUGUGCUUACGGAGAUCGUUGCAGAUAUGAACAUACUAAGCCAUUGAAAAGGGAGGAAGUGACUACUGUAAGUUCAGCUGCAAAAACCUAUCCUUCAGCUUCCACAGAUGUGAGCCCGUCCCCUGGAACACUUGAAGUGAGCACUGGUGAGACUGAAGUUGAAGACAAAGACUUGGCAGCUGCAGGAGCCGGGGCUGAAGAUUGGGUGAAUGCAGUGGAGUUUGUUCCUGGGCAGCCAUACUGUGGCCGUGCUGCUCCAUCCUGCACUGAAGCACCCAUACAAGGAGCGGUAAUUGAAGAGGAAUAUGAAAAACAGCAAACCAACUUGGAGAUGAAGAAACAACUAUGUCCCUAUGCCGCAGUAGGAGAAUGCCGUUACGGAGAAAACUGCGUAUAUAUCCAUGGAGAUGUAUGUGAUAUGUGUGGCUUGCAAGUCCUCCAUCCCUCUGAUGCUGCACAGCGAUCUUUGCACAUAAAGUCUUGCAUUGAGGCUCACGAGAAGGACAUGGAGCUCUCCUUUGCCGUCCAGCGUAGCAAAGACAUGGUGUGUGGGAUCUGCAUGGAGGUGGUGUAUGAAAAAGCCAACCCCAGCGAGCGUCGCUUUGGGAUCCUUUCCAACUGCAAUCACACUUACUGUCUCAAGUGCAUCCGCAAGUGGAGGAGCGCUAAACAAUUUGAGAGCAAGAUCAUAAAGUCCUGCCCAGAAUGUCGGAUCACAUCUAACUUUGUCAUUCCAAGUGAGUACUGGGUGGAGGAGAAGGAAGAGAAGCAGAAACUCAUACAGAAAUACAAGGAGGCAAUGAGCAACAAGCCAUGCAGGUAUUUUGAUGAAGGCCGUGGGAGCUGCCCAUUUGGAGGGAACUGUUUUUACAAACACGCAUAUCCCGAUGGCCGCCGAGAGGAGCCCCAGAGGCAGAAAGUGGGAACUUCAAGUAGAUACAGAGCCCAGCGGAGAAACCGGUUCUGGGAGUUCAUCGAGGAGCGGGAGGGCAGUGAUCCCUUUGAGAACGACGAGGAUGAGGUGGUGACAUUUGAGCUGGGCGAGAUGCUUCUCAUGUUGUUGGCGGCAGGAGGCGACGACGACCUGACAGACUCCGAGGAUGAGUGGGACUUGUUUCACGACGAGCUGGAAGACUAUUAUGACUUGGAUCUAUAGCACCUCUUUGUGGAGUUUUGGACUGCCUGCUCACGUUUUCAGGCAGUAGCUCUUGUCCUGUGGUGUUGUGGCAGUGCCGGUGUUUUUUCCCCUCCUAGGCAGGCCUAUCCAUUCCAGGUGCUGCUGUUGUAAUAACUUUUUACCCAGGGUCUGUCUCCUUCUCUACCCCCCACCCUACCCUACCAUCCUUUCUCCCAGCCUCAAAACUCCUCCAGUCCCAGGAGUGUGUUUUUUCUUCUCUGUUAAACAAAUGACAUGAAAUAAACCUUUAAAACGUUA